AGAGCAAAUGGAGGCUCAGGACUAUUCCCUCGCCUUGGUGGUUUGAUUGGUUGUCACCGACGACCAGGUGUGCCUGCCAGUCAAAAUCCCGUCGCUGUUCGCACCUUUCUUGUUUACCUUUUCCCGCGCACACUUUCGUUACUCUUCAAAACACAUCACUCUCGUUUCUCCAAACUUUUCCUUCUACACGAAUCAUUCAUUCUCCAUCCAUCGGUCUUACUAUGCGUCUGGCGACUCCUCUCACAGCAUUGGCCCUUGUUGGCUGUGCUUUCGCUGACAGCGUUCUCCAGAACGCUUGCUCUUGCGAGGCUGUCACGGAAACUGUCACUGUCUCGAUUUGCCAGAGCGGGACCGCUCUUGCCUCUGCAGUCAGCUCCAAGUCAUUCUCGACUAUCACAAGCUACUCUACCCUGACCAACUUUGUGACUGUCACUCCCUCGCAGACUCUCGCUGGCCCGAUCUCCUCAUCGGCCGCUGUGCUGUCUUCUAGUUCGGGCUACUCCUUCAUCGCUCAGGAUAGUACAACCAGCUGGAUCGGUGGCGCUUCUCCUGAUGCCAGCUUCAGCUCAUUCGUCACCGAGACCGUCCAAGUGACCGUCUUCCCCGUUCCCAGCGGUGAUGCUGAAGUCACGAUCACUCAAACUACGAUCCUCACCGUCACACCACCUGCUGUAACCUCUUUCGUGCCUCAGCCCUCAAUGGUUUCGGCUGCUUCCUCGGAAGAUGAAACCACGACUUCAACUGUGACUUCGUACCUCACCAAGAGCGUCAUUUCCGUUCACACGGUCUACUUGACUUCCAAGCACUCCAAGUCCGCUACAUCUCACUCGAUUCACACUGUGACUGGACCUCCAACCUCCACUACAAUCACAGUCAAGGCAGCAUCCACUUCAGAGUCAGUCUGCUCUGUCAGCUACGUUGAUGUCACAACCGACAUUACCUACACUGUUCUUGCAACUGCAUCUGCUGGCUUUACAUCCGCCCUGAACAGUGCUGGAAACCUUAGCUCUCUUGCUGGAGCUGCAUCUGCCUCAAAUGCUACUCUCCAUCACUUUACCACGCUUACCGGAUCUUCGCAUCAAUCAUCUUCUUGGUUGGCCGGCUGGAGCUUGACAGAUUCAGUGGCAUCUCCUACAAUUUCGCUGAUCUCCUCGGUGUCUAUCAGCGCCGUGUCACAACAGGCCCCUGGAAAGAACGGCACCUUAAGCACAGCAUCGGUCACUGGCUAUGUACCUUUCAUGCCAGGCCCUGUAAUGUCUUUGAGUGCGAUUGCGCUGCUACGUCCCUCUUCGACUCUGACCAAGAUGUACACCAACACUUCCUCUGCGAUGCCAAUGCCUACCGUUUGCGGUGAGCAUGGAAACUUCACCCUGAACGUGAGUACUCAUUUUACCAAAGUUGCUUAUGUGACAAAGCUGAUACCACAUACAGUGGGAAGACGGUCCCGACUUCGCAGAGCACACACGACUCAUAUCUGAGCCUAGCGCCGGCCCACCCAUCUUCAACCCAUACCACCACAUGUACUUCUCAAAUGGCUUUGUCUACGCCGCUCCUGGCUCUAGUCCAUUUGGAGGUUCCGCGAGCGAUCAUCGUCUUGUAAUGUUUGUGGCCAACGAUACCGGUGACAGCGAUAACCACAACGAGGGUGGACAGCUUCCUGG